AUGUCGAUAGAAAUAGAGUCUGCAGACGUUAUUCGGCUUAUCCAACAAUAUCUUAAAGAAUCUAACCUCACGAAAACAUUGCAGACAUUACAGGAAGAAACUGGAGUUUCUCUCAAUACAGUGGACAGUGUCGAUGGAUUUUGUGCUGACAUCAAUAAUGGACAUUGGGAUACAGUUUUGAAAGCAACAGCAUCAUUGAAAUUACCUGAUAAAAAAUUGAUGGAUUUAUAUGAACAAGUGGUAUUAGAGCUUAUAGAAUUGAGGGAGCUCGGUGCAGCACGUACCUUACUGCGGCAGACACAGCCAUGCUUACUCAUGAAGCAACAAGAAACGGAUAGAUACAUGCAUCUCGAAAAUAUGCUGACGCGGUCAUACUUCGACCCGCGCGAGGCGUACGGCGGCGCGCGCGGCGCGGGCGGCGCGGCGGGCGGCGGCAAGGAGUGGCGGCGCGCGGCGCUGGCGGCGGCGCUGGCGGGCGAGGUGUCCGUGGUGCCCUCCUCGCGCCUGCUCGCGCUGCUCGGUCAGGCUCUCAAGUGGCAACAGCAUCAGGGGCUCUUGCCUCCAGGAACUACAAUCGAUCUUUUCCGAGGCAAAGCGGCCAUCAGGGAUGAAGAAGAUGACCAGUGUCCAACUCAACUCUCUAAAAUUAUUAAGUUUGGACAAAAGUCUCACGUCGAAUGUGCAAGGUUCUCUCCGGACGGUCAGUACUUGGUGACGGGGUCGGUGGACGGGCUGGUGGAGGUGUGGAACUUCACGACGGGCAAGAUCCGCAAGGACCUCCGCUACCAGGCGCACGACGAGUACAUGAGCAUGGAGGAGGCCGUGCUCAGCCUCGCCUUCGCGCGCGACAGCGACACGCUCGCCGCCGGCUCCAACGACGGCAAGAUCAAGGUGUGGAAGGUGUCCACGGGGCAGGUGCAACGCAAGCUGGAGCGCGCUCACUCCAAGGGUGUUACGUGCUUGCAGUUCACUCGCGACAACACCCAGAUAUUGUCUGCCUCUUUUGAUCGAACUAUAAGGAUUCACGGGUUGAAAUCUGGUAAGAUCCUGAAGGAGUUCCGCGGGCACAGCUCGUUCGUGAACGAGGCGGUGUUCACGCCGGACGGGCACAGCGUGCUAAGCGCGUCGUCGGACGGCACGGUGAAGGUGUGGGCGGUGCGCUCGGGCGAGUGCACGGCUACGCUGAAGCCGCUGGGCUCGGGCGAGCCGCCCGUCAACUCGCUGCUGCUCACGCCCAAGAACCCCGACCACUUCGUGGUGUGCAACCGCACCAACACCGUGGUGAUCAUGAACAUGCAGGGGCAGAUCGUGCGCUCGUUCUCGAGCGGGCGGCGCGAGGAGGAGGGCGGCGCGCUGGUGUGCGCGGCGCUGGGCGCGCGCGGCCGCCUCGUGUACUGCGCUGGCGAGGACCUCGUGCUGUACGCCUUCUGCGCCGCCAGCGGCAAGCUCGAGCGCACCAUCAACAUCCAUGAGAAAUCAGUUAUUGGGAUGUCGCAUCACCCGCAUCAGAACUUGCUCGCCACCUACAGUGAAGAUGGUCUGCUCAAAUUAUGGAAACCU